GAUGUCAUCAUAUGCUAUCACAUUCUGUCUGCCUCCCAUCCCAUGUUUUCAACUUGCAUGUGUGGUUUGAAUGUGCAAGCAUUUGUGUGGUGUGUGUUCUGGAGUUUGGGAAUGUGUUCUGUAUUAUUUUUGUUUGAGCAGGUAUUUGUGAUGAUAGAUCUUGAGAAGAUCUUUCCGACGCAACAAGAAUCGCUUCAAUCGGAGCAAGAACGCGAAAGCUAUGAAGAUUCAAAGUUCAUGAGCUUGCGUUACAAUUGCGGCGGUUACUAAGUGAAGUUGUGGGAUUCUUGAACUUUGAUUGAACUCUUGAGAUUGAGUUAAGUUCUCCUCCUACAGCUUACCCCCUAAUGCGUCGAAAGCCAUAGCGUCGCGAAUACUUUAUCAAUCAACAUGAUUCAAAUUGGGAACGGUAGCUGAGAUUAAGAGCUACAACAUAUCCAAGUUUCGCGACAUUCCAACGGCUAGUUGUUUGUCGACGUCGUUUCUUGUGAAGACGACUUUUCUGUCCAGAAUUUCGGAUUUAUAUUUUGAGUAAUUCUAGCUCCUAAGUUCACCUAGACUCCGUCCUUAAUGCUAACAAGUGGUAUCAGAGCUGUAUUAAGGACGUUGAGAGGAGUCUACAGAAGUGUGAAGACCCUUCUAGACCCACCAUGGCCUGUGGGUGUGCCUAAGUGGUGUUCUAAAGGUUGGAUGUGUCUUCCGCUAAGGGAAACUCUGCCGAAAUUUCGUGGACGCCGACACUUGUGAAAAUAUCGAGGGAGCUGAGUGUGGACAGCAAAGGGGAGCUGAAAUUCGUUGUGAUGCACCCUCUCACGCACUGGGUGAUUGAUUCGGGUUGCACCAGUCACAUGACCCCACGGGCAGAUUUGCUUGAUGAGGUAAAACCCCCUGGGAAGAUCAAGUAUGUGGCAGCAGCGUCAGCAACGGCAGCAGCGGCAAAGGCAACAGCAGGAGGAGAUGCAACUGCACCAACUGAUGGGGUCCUGGAAGCAGUCAAGAAAGUGCAGCAGCAGCAGACACAUGGCGAGGUGCUUGCUGGUGUGGAUGCGAGUGCGGCAUGGGCUAAGGCUUCAUCAAGGAGUGGAGAGGCCGAUUGGGAGACAUGGCAUGAGAGGCUGUGUCAUGUGAACUUCCCUAUGCUACAGAAGUUGGUGAAGGAUGGGAGCCUGAAGGGCUUGGAGGUGAAAGGGGGAGUGAAGGAGAUUGGGAGCUGCCCUACAUGCUUGGAGACCAAGUUCUCCAAGUUCCCCUUCAACAGUGCAACAGGACCAACCAAGACCCCACUUGCACUUGUGCACAUGGAUGUGAGGGAAUGCGGACACAAGGUGAAGGUGAUCCGCAGUGACAAUGGUGGGGAGUUCAUUGGAGCUGAUUUUGAGGGGGAGUUGAAGAGGAAGGGGAUCCAGCAUCAACUGACAGUGCCCUACAAUCCGCAGCAGAAUGGCGUGGCUGAGAGGUUCAACAGGACCCUGCAGGAGGGGGCACGCACUCUCCUUGGGCGUGCAGGGCUGCCUGAUCCGUUUUGGGUGUCUGCACUGAGGCAGGUCGCCCUUGUGAAGAACAGGGUGCUGGCUACAGUUGGAGAUAAGGAGUGGAUCCCAUAUGUCAAGUGGUAUGGGAGUGCUCCAGCUGUGAACAUGCUGAGGGCAUUUGGGUGCAUGGUAGUGUUUCAUGUGCCUAAGGAAAAAAGAGGGAAGUUGGAGGCUUCUGGAAGAUGGGGUGUGCACUUGGGGAUUGCAAAGGAUCACAAGGGAUGGCUGCUAUGGGACUUGACCACCCAGAAGCUGACAGUGUCAAGGGAUGUGAAGUUUCUUGAGUCCCUGUACUACAAGGAAUGGAAGCAGCAGCAACAGAAGCUUCCAUCUACACCGCUCAUUGUGGAGGCAGAUGAGGUGCAGCAGCCUUCAAGACAGGUGGAGGUUGCAGUGUCAGAGGAGGAGAUGUUUGGGGUGACUAAGGAAGGGGGAGCAGCUGAAGUGGAGCAGCAACAGCAACAUGAGUCUCCACCUCGAGUUCCACACCCGCCUGAGCGACCUAGGAGGGAUGUGCGCCCUCCUGUGAGGCUGACCUAUGGGGGAAGAGGCAAGCCAAAUGUGGUGCAGGCUGGGAGUGUGGUUGAGCAGAUUGAGGAAGAUGAGAUCGCUCACUGCUACUGGGCACCAAUCCCUGAGCCCAAGACUCGAGAAGAGGCCUUGAAUGGACCAAAUGGGGAGAAGUGAAAGGCGAGUGAGGAUGAGGAGUUUGGGUCCCUGAUUGAGAACGAGACAUGGGACCUGUGUG